CCUCACCAUUUGCAUUAAAUUAAUAUGUCAUAACAAAAAAAAGAAAAAAAAAGAAAAAAAAAACUCAUACCAAACAGGUUAGGUGGUGGUGAUGAGGAAUGCAAAGUGCAACUUCGUACCCCAACAAAUGGAGUCGAUAUAAAUGAAGUAUGCUUUUUGGGACAAACAAACCUGAAAUUCGGCCCCAUUCACUCUCCGAAAACCCCCGAUGUUCAACAAUUUACGAAUAUUUCUCAUCUGCAAUCCCAAAACCCCAUUAAAACCCUCAACCGAUUGCUCAUCUUAACAACCAUUUCAAGCAUGAAAUCCUUGGUAUCUUCCUCCUCUUUCUCGAUCCUCUCCCCCUAUUUCCCCAUUUCUGCUUCUCCAUCCUUCUUUUCUUUGCCUUCUAAAUCUGCGCAAUGCGGCCCUAUGUUCACCCAAGUCUCCAAUUUUUUCACUUUCAAAACACCCACAACUUCCUUGCCCUCAAAAGGGUUUUUUUCAACCCAGAAUCGAAACCCCCAAACGAGGGCCUCUUUGUCUCCGCCCUCCGGCGAGAUUCAUGUCAUUCUGGGGCCGAUGUUUGCUGGGAAAACUACCACUCUUCUUCGGCGGAUUCAGUCCGAGAGCUGCAAUGGCAGAAGUGUAGCUAUAAUUAAGUCGAAUAAAGACACAAGGUAUGGAUUGGAUUCUAUUGUUACACAUGACGGUAUCAAACUGCCUUGCUGGGCAAUACCAAACUUAUCAUCAUUCAAAAAGAAAUUUGGUCAAGGUUCCUAUGACAAGCUAGAUGUGAUUGGAAUUGAUGAAGCUCAAUUUUUCGAUGAUCUUUAUGAUUUCUGUUGCGAAGCUGCUGAUAUUGAUGGCAAAACAGUUAUAGUUGCUGGGCUGGAUGGGGAUUACUUGAGGAGGAACUUCGGUUCAGUUCUCGAUAUAAUUCCACUUGCUGAUUCUGUAACUAAGUUAACUGCUCGAUGUGAAAUCUGCGGGAAUCGGGCUUUCUUUACUUUAAGGAAGACGCAAGAAAAAGAGACCGAGCUGAUUGGCGGUGCUGAUGUGUACAUGCCCGUAUGUCGACAACAUUACGUCAGCGGGCAAGUAGUGAUAGAGGCAGCAAGAACUGUAGUAGAAUCACGCAAGGUUGAGUGUAGGACUCCAGCAUAGUUCUUAGUAGGUAGAGUAGGUCUGGCAUCAUAUACAUCCCCAAUAGCGAAUAUCGCAACGUAUUAUUUGUCCGGACAAUUAAGUAAACCAAGGAUCGAGGAUGAUUUCGGAACUACGGUGAGCAUAGUUGUAGGGUUAGGGAUAUUGUUUUGUUUAAUAACUGUAAUUGAGUUUGAUUAUGCCUGUAUUUUGAUGGCUGCUUUGAUUGAUUGGAUUAGAUGGAAGGAAAAAAUGAGUCAAAUGUUGUAUGUAACCAACAAAAUUGAAAACUAAUACAUUAUUGGGGGAGGAGACAUUCAAAGUGGCAA